CUUGUAUAACAGGUUUUCUUCAUCGCUUCUGCACGGUGUGCCAUCCAACCAGCUGGCAGUCCUCCUGUUACACUCUGUGGAGGCAGGGAUGGAGGGGGGUGGCGAGGGGGGUGCUCUUGGACAGCAGCGUGGAUGUAGCAGAGUGGAUGCUGCGAGGCAGCAUCAGUUAAAAGAUUGUAGGUUAGCAACGAGGAGCUGGAGGGGGAGAGGAGCUGGGUGGAGGCACCAUGUGUGGGAGGAAAGGGGGGGGGGCAUCAGUGAAGCAGGUGGUGUUGUUGGGCGUGAUUGCAUGUGUGCAAAAAAAAAAAAAAAAGAGAGUUAAGUGACAGAUUUUUGUUGUGUGUGGUCAAGAACAAAGUGUGACGGGUGACAGGCGUGUGCCGCCAACCUCUGAGAGUAAAGGAAGGAAAGUACAAAAAAACAAGAUGUACAUGGAUGAAUAGGUCCUUAAUUCUGUGAUUAGUCACCCAGUUUUAUCAACAUUUUUUAGUUUUUAAACCACCUUUUUGCUAAAAAUACAACUUCUCCAUCUUUAGAAAGCAUUAAAAAUGGAUUUCAUGUUGAAAUCCAGGGAGGAGCAUCUUUGAUCCUUUCUGAAAACACCUGCAACACCUGAGCUAGCAGGAGAUCAUGAGGGAAAAUAUUAGAGAAAACAUUCUAAUAUCAUUAAAAAAUACACCAAAAUGUAAUAAAACCAACACAUGCUCACUUUCCAGACUCAAAGAACAACAGCAAACCACUCGGGGGAAUCAUCCUUAUUCAAAUCUCUCUCUUACUCCUCAUUCUUCUCCACUUUGUCUUCCUCCCCUCCUCUUCAUCCCUUGCUUGUCUCUCACCAAGGGACAGUCUGGUAGCUAGUGGGAAGAGGGAAAGCAGGAGACAAGGCGGAGGAUAUGAAAGACGGCGAAAGAAUGAAAGGAAGUUCAAAAGAACAGAAGAUCAAAAAAUGGUUUGCUCGGAGAUGGACGGCCAACUCUGGGGUCUGCUAUCCUAAGCAAGAUCCCGAGCGUGGUGGCAGUCACAUGAUCUCGACAGAUGAUCUGGAAUAUCCAAGAGAGUACCGGACGCUGGGGAACAGUGCUCGACGCUUCUCCAAUGUGGGGCUGGUGCACACGUCGGAGCACCGCCACACGGUCAGCGCCGCCCAGAGCCUGGAGGCUCUCACCAACCUGCACAAGGCGGACAUGGAGCGCAAGAGGGACGCCUUCAUGGAUCACCUCAAAAGCAAGUACCAGCAGCAGCAGCAGCAGCAGCAGCAACUGCAGCAUCCCCACCACAGCCCCCACCACAACCCACCGUCGCCCUCACCCUCCCACGCCAGCAUGAGGGGCACGUCAGAGCGCUCUGCACGAGAACAGCAACAACCCAACUACUGGAGCUUUAAGAGUCGCAGUCCACGACAUUCCCAGUCUACCCAGUCUGGGCUUGCCGACCAGGCCGCCAAGCUCUCGUUCGCUUCAGCCGAAUCCUUGGAGACCAUGUCGGAGGCGGACAUUCCCAUCGGGUUCAAUCGGAUGAACCGCUUUCGUCAGAGCCUGCCACUGUCCCGCUCCGCCAGUCAGAAUAAGCUCCGAUCUCCAGAUGAAUUUUCAGGCGUGCUGUUCCUGCAGUAUGGAGAUGAGACACGCCGGGUGCACAUCACCCAUGAGCUGAGCAGCCUGGACACGCUGCAUGCUCUCAUCGUGCACAUGUUCCCUCAGAAGUUGACAGCGGGUAUGUUGAAGUCACCCAACACAGCCAUCUUGAUCAAGGAUGAGGCCCGUAACGUCUUCUACGAGCUGGAGGACGUCAGGGACAUUCAGGAUCGGAGCAUCAUCAAGAUCUACCGCAAAGAGCCCAUCUAUGCCUCUUACACUGGUGCUGCACAUCUGGCUAACGGAGACCUGAGGAGAGAAAUGGUGUAUUCCUCUCACGACUCCUCCCCGACACGCCGCCUUAACACCCUCCCUUCGUCUGCGUCCUCCGGCUCUCCAUCCCGCUCGCGCCUGUCCUACAGCGGGGGUCGCCCUCCAUCAUUGGCCGGGUCCCAUCCCCAGCAUGAGCAGCCCAGACACCCUCAUCAUCCCUCAGCCGGUCAUGGUGCCAACGUAGGCCUUACUCCUUCACCUAGUGCCAUCCUGGAGCGCCGUGACGUCAAGCCUGACGAAGAAGUUUCUGCAAAGAACAAGUCCCUGUUGAAGAACGAGGGGUUGUACGCGGAUCCAUACAGCUUGAUGCACGAGGGCCGCCUCAGUAUUGCCUCCACCCAAUCGUUAGCUGCAAUCGGAGACCCCUUUAGCUUCCCCGCUUCCACCGGCCUUUAUCGACGCGGUUCUGUACGUUCCCUCAGCACCUACUCAGCCGCUGCUCUGCAGGGGGACCUGGACGACUCUCUCUACAAGCCCGGACCGUCGCUGUACUCUGACACAUACUCCUCUGCGACCCUGGGCAUGGGUUUUCGCAUGCCGCCCUCAUCCCCGCAAAAGAUCCCUGACAUGCAGCUGAGAGAAAGGGACCCAUACUCCAGCUCGCCCAGAGCAUCACCAGUCAGGCAGACGUUUCGCAAGGACUCCUCUUCCUCCGUGUUUGUGGAGAGCCCAAAGUCGAGACCAAGCUCCGGAUCUGACCCUUUGUGCCUCACUGGACCUGGGGACGGCAACAGAGGCAUGUCGGGUUUUGGUCCUUCUUUAUCUGGACAAGAUAUGGAAGCCAGCAGGGAUCAUCGCCUGGAGCGCAUGGAGGCUAUGGAGAAGCAGAUAGCCAGCCUGACGGGUCUGGUCCAAAGUGUUCUGACCAGAGCGCCAGACAGUGACAGCACAUGCGGCCUGCUGCGUCUCUGCAUGAUGGCGGGCUGCCCUCCAGACCAAGGGACGGAGUUUUCACGGCCAUUACCUUUCUCUUCCAGCGAGAAGACCGAAACCAACAGUGACGGCUCCGCCACUGGAACUGGACGGUCGAAGAAGAAAGCAAACACCCCGUCGGCACCUCUAGCUCUGAUGCCGCCGCCGCCCUCCAACUUGACCCCGGUGAACAGCGUCGGUCGCCUGCAGAUGAAGCUCCAUCUGCACGGUCUGCAGCAAAACGCCACCGACCUGCGGAAACAGCUCUCUCAGCUGCGCAAGCUACAGCUAGAGAACCAGGAUUCAGUUCGAUCUCUGCUGAAACGGACCGAGGCCGAGCUGAACAUUCGCGUGGCGGACGCUGUGAGGAAACAGGAGGACCCCCUCCAGAGACAGCGCCUCCUGGUGGAGGAGGAGAGGCUCAAGUACCUCAACGAGGAGGAACUCAUCAUCCAGCAGCUCCACGACCUGGAGAAGUCUGUGGAGGAGAUCCAGAAGGAGUCGUCUGUCAACCACAAGCUGGUGACGGCGCAAGAGCUGGAGGAGAAAACGGCACUUCUGAGAAAGCUGGGAGAAACACUUACUGAGCUGAAAAAUCAGUUUCCUGGCCUGCAAAGUAAGAUGCGGGUGGUGCUGCGGGUGGAGGUGGAGGCCGUCAAAUUCCUAAAAGAAGAGCCGCACAGACUUGAUGCCCUGUUGAAACGCUGCAAGACGAUAAGUGACACCCUCAUCACCAUGCGCAAACAAGUGAGUGACGGCGUGUGGAAGAAACCAGAUGACUUCUCCUCAACGAAGCACAACAACGACCUACGAAAGUUUUCCGACUUCGAAAUCCCAACCAGUCCUCCGCUGACGAUCAACGACCUCGGAGGAAGCAACAGUCUCUCCAACUGGAGUCCUCACUCCAGCCUCAGCCGAGGUCUCAGUCACCCGUCCGGCCCUCAGAAAGACAAUCACCCCCCUGUUCCUCACAAAGGAAAAGCUCUUGAAGAGUUAGAGCGCCGUUCAGCUGCUGACAAAGUGCUGUCCAUGGAAGUACGGCUGGCAGCAGAGCGGGACUGGGAGGAGAAGCGGGCCAGUCUUACACAGUACAGUGCCCAGGACAUCAACCGUCUGCUGGAGGAGACGCAGGCUGAGCUGAUGAAGGCUAUUCCAGAUUUGGACUUUGCUGCCAAACAAAUCAAACCCUCCUCCAACAGCCCAUCAACCCAAACCCCUCAGACUGGAGCAGCGACCCAGGAACACCGCACCGGCAAGCCUCAGCAGAAGCUUUCUGCAAAGGAGGGCGGGUCCAGGCGUGGCUCUGAUGAGCUGACGGUGCCGAGAUAUCGCACUGAGAAACCCUCAAAAUCCCCUCCACCCCCACCACCUCGGCGCAGUUUCCCAUCUUCCCCGGGAAUAACCACCCGCAGCGGAGAGCCACUAAUCCCUGGAAAAAGUGUAAAGAAAUCCGAUUCAGAAGAGACUGAGACCCCCAAACCACACAUCAAACUGAGGAGGACCGUAUCCGAGAACCCUCGCCCCGCAUCGACGCCCCCCACCCUGGCAUCGAGAGACAAAGAGGAAGGAGAGGAGGAGAAAAUUGCUGCUGAACUGGAGCUGUUCGAGAGAGUCCCGCUCAGACUCUCUCGGCCCUCCUCACUUUCACUUUCCAGCAGGAGAAGUGCACCCCCCUCCGGUUUGGACCUGUGGCCCCCUGAGGCUCCAGGCACUACUGAGGGAAGGCAGUCGUCUCCUGUCCCUCACAUCGUGUUGACAGAGUGUUUACCUUCACCCACAACCUCCGAGGAUCCAGUCAGAGAUUUAGCAAACACCCACGCGGAGAAGAAUCCACCCCCAGACUGGAUAAGUCACCAAAAAAUACACAAUAUUUCAACUAUUUGUUAUGAAAGACAAACUGCACGUCAGCAGGAGCAACGCUUUUUAGAUCAAGACUGUAAACAGAAAGUUGCCUUACUUCUGACAGAACUGGAGAUUAGGGUGUUAUCUCCCCAGGAGGUGCAGGAGCUCAGGACAACAGGCGGCGUCCUGCAGACUCUGACCGUCUCACCACAAACUAAAGAAGUCUCUGAAGCCCAGCUAGCUGAACGGCCCCUUCUCGUGCUCUUCAAAAGCGAAAUGAAUGUCAGAGAAGCCUACAAACUUCUUUAUUCCCUUCUGGGGUUGUCCAAACCAGUUCCUAAACCCAGAAUAAAAUCCUCUCAGCAGCCAGCGCAGCAGAAUUAUUUAAUAGAUGCUCUUAGAAGGGGGAUGGAGAGCGGGGAUGGCAUGCUGAUGCUUCAGCACACAGCUGACACACAGAGCUCUGCACACAGUCCCGCGGGAAAGUCCCGGGAUGUCCGCCUCAGCACCUACAAGAGACUGGACAGCUUGGAGGAGACCAUCCGAGAGCUGGAGAACACUUUGAUAGAGAUCAGUGGCUUUCCUAACCCCGAGCUGCUGUACGUCGACUCCAUUCCAUCCCAGAGGCCCGACCGUCUGACUGCUGACGCCAAGAAGCCGCCAGUCCCACCUAAACCACCAUCAAUCCAGGGAGGAAAUAACGCCGCCCCCAGUAAGGCCCCCCACUCCACAGCCACGUCCAAACUGAAGCACCUGCAGCAGAACAGCACAGACAAGACUAAGAGCAGCAAGAGAGAAGACUUCAUUAAGAGCCAGAGCCAGCAUCAGCAGUGAGUGACCCUCACCUGAGGCCGCUCUUGCUCACACCUUCCUGCCCUCUUUACUCCCCCAUCCACUUGAUUCACGAAUGGACAGGUUUAAGCAUGCCUGAGGGUUACGCAGAGGUACUAAAGGGAGCCACAACCAAGUUUAUACCUAUAAUUUUUCACGAUUUCCCACUUUGACCCCUGAAGACUUCAUCUUUUUUGCACUCCUCCUCCACCUCCCUCCUGUCUUCUGUUUCCCCUGCUCUAUUUGAAGUCCUUAGGGACCAGCACAACUGGCAUCAUUGAGCCAUACGUCCCUGGUUUCAAAGCAGAUUUGCCCUCCCUGACCGUCUCCUCGAGCCAAGCGAAAGCCCUCCUGGCGAGCCUGUCGGCGUCCGGUCUGAGCGCAGAGGCCCUGCUCCUCUCCUCCGCUCUACGUCGGCGCCGCCUGCUACGCGAGCAGCGAGCCUCCUCCCUGUCCAGCAGCCAAUCAUCCUCCGCCAGCACCCCGACGACGUCCUCGUCUCCAUCCUCUCCCAAUUUCCCAAAUUAUUUUACUUUUUCUGGCCGACAAAGUCUCGACACCUCCUCCUGUCUCAGCAACUCCAACGACGGCGGCGGCAAAACUGGGAAUUUGUACCUCCACCAUGAACACGACCACGAGGAGAAUGUGAGGGAAAGCAACUGAAGCAUCAAAUGACAGCAUCAACUUUUUCUCCAAGUAAAUUCACUCAAGUUUUACUUCUUUUUUGGAAGAGAUUCUCACUCUGAUCUGGUUCCUCUGCAGUUCUCCCACGCAGUCCUACUGCCAGAGACUGAGCGCACGAGCAGGCCUCCCUCCCACUGGCUGUCUGCUCUAAGCUGUUAAGUUGGAUGUAUUCUCAUCUUCAUUUCAGCCGUGAUCAUAGAGAAUAGAACAAUCACCGAACUCGACUAUAUGUUUAUGAUGCUUUUACAUGAAUGUGAAUCUGUUGGGAGGAUUUUCUGAUUAAGGUGAUGAUUGUAGGUAAUAUUUCUUUAAAAUGGCGUCUGAGUUUUGACUUGGUGCUAAAUUUUCCCCUCUGUUUGUGCACCGUCUUCACAUUUCUCAGCACCUCCUUUAAUUUUAUAUCUUCGAAAAAGCAAAUCUCUAAUUAAAAGUUUAAAAUAUAUCAAUAAAUCUACAGACCAAAACAACAAAUUUCUAUUUAAUAGAUAUAGAAAGGCACAGUAACUCAAACAGAAGGGAAAAAAAACGCAUUUCAUAUUGUAUUUGAUUUUAUUUUCUUGUAUGUGUAUUAACUUGUUCUUUACGACAAUCAAGAUGUGUCCACUGUAGCACCGUCCAUGUCGUUUUCAACACCCAUUCCAAAGAUUUAAGCACACAAAACAAUAACAAACACACAUGCAGUAAAGCCAAGCAGACUAACUUUUUUCUCUCACUCAAGUUAAGUCACAUCUGCCGCACCACCAACUGACCAAAACAUUUAAUCUUGUGUGUGUGUGUUCGAUCGGUCUUUUUAAGCUCAAACUUUAUCUGCUGCGAAGAAGCUCCCAGAGCUUUCAGUUGUUUGCACAUUAUCGUUCACAAAUUUAGCUGAUGGCCCCCCAUCAGUAAAAUAAAUCAGCACACUUUACAAAUAUUUGAAAUCCUCUGGCUUUUACAAGAGAGAACAGAAAAACAGCACAAUAUCGACUGAGAUAUAGACGUUUGGAGCUAAUUUAGCUGUAAAACAAUUCAAAUCUUUACCUUAUAUGGAAAUAGUGUAAAAAAAGACCCACUCCAAUUAAAUUGUGUUUUUUGGUGUUUUCAACGCUUUCUUGUGGCAUUUUUCUAAAGAUAGGGGGAUAUAGUCGGAAAAAUAAGCUUUAUUUCUUUUUUCGAUCAAAUGGAGCCCAUAAAGGGAUAUCAGAGUUAAAAAAGAAAAAAAAA